CUCUCGUCUCGGGGUCAUGUCCGUCAUCCGCCAUUGCGCGUUGAGGUCCUGUUGGGACACGUUUCACAUGCACUGAAAAACUUCAGUCAUGAUUACUACCUGGCGGAGGCGGUAGCGAGCAUCUGCAUCGAGAUCUGUACUAUCAUUCUGUCUUCUCCCUCUCUCUUCUCGCGAUUUUAAAUCAUCCUCUCACUCUCGUUUAUAUCCCCGACCAACUCUCACCCCAUUCUUCUCGCGUUUUCAUCCCCAUCGUCAUCAUGCGGGAAAUAGACCCGCUGGUCUUCGAAUACCAGCAUGACAAGCACCGGCCGCGAGAAUCGGAGGCCUUGUUAGUUCUACAGAAGGUCGCGUCCCUCGUCAAGCCAAUUAUGCGGCGUCGUGGCUGGAGGGUAGGGACCCUUUGCGAAUUCUACCCGCAUCAACGAAACCUCCUUGGUCUCAACGUCAACGCGGGCCAGAAGAUUUGUCUACGACUGCGGUACCCCUCGGAUGAGCGCCAGUUUCUACCUCUAGAUCACGUGUUAGAUACUAUGCUCCAUGAGCUCUGUCAUAUCGUGCAUGGCCCACAUAAUCAGCAGUUUAAUGCUCUUUGGAACCAAUUACGCGACGAGCAUCAAGAGCUCGCUAUCAAAGGCUACACGGGCGAAGGGUUCCUUUCUCAUGGCCGCCGCUUAGGUGGCCGUAAGAUGCCUGUCGAUGAAGCCCGUCGAGUAGCCAGAGCAGCCGCAGAGCAAAGACGGACUCUUUCCGCGGGAUCGGGACAGCGACUCGGCGGCGCGGCUGUCCUACGUGGGACCAAUAUGCGGAGAAUUAUUGCUGAUGCAGCACAGAGACGCAUGGAGGUGACGAAUGGCUGCGCAUCGGGUGCCGACAACAGCACAGAACUCGUAGAGGAGGCCUCUAAGAAUGGCUUCCGGACCAAGGCAGAGGAAGACGAUGCCAAUGAGCGCGCAAUCAUGGAGGCGUAUAUCGACUUGAUUGAGCAGGAAGAGCGAGAGAGAUACGGCCCUUCCUACAUCCCUCCGAGUCAGGAUAAUCCCGCUGGACCUCGGACAACGCUCUCCCCGCCACCUGUUCCAGAGAGCAGCAGGCCAACUGCGUCCCCGCAACCCGCAGAUCCUAUUGACCUUACGUCCAUAUCUGAUGACAGCUUAUACAAUAAACCCUGGGCAUGUCCAACUUGUACGCUCGAGAACCCGGCUGAUUUUCUCUGUUGUGACGCUUGUGCAUCGGAGCGGCCGCGGCCAUCAGCAACAAGGUCUGCAUCUGGACCCCCUGCUAUAGGUUCAAGUGAUCCGAAGCCUGUGAACAGGAAGCGCCGAAUGGGUUCUUCGACUAUCCAAAAACCAUUCAAGAACCGGGUCCGGGCUGUGGAGUCUCUUGCUGCCCUCGAACAGAACGCGAACAAGCGACCCCUCGGAUGGCUAUGUGACAGCUGCGGGUCAUUCAUGGAAACCGAAUGGUGGACAUGUUCAAACUGCGGAUUGAUGAAGCGUACAUCUUGAAUAAUCUUGUGUUGUUUGGCAUGGGUGUUUUGGUGCGGAUUUGUUACUCUGGAUAUACGCGGGCCUGCCAGAUCUUAUGAUUCAUGACCGGACAUGACAUAUAGGAAUGUUAUGAUAGACCCCCAAGGAGCUUAAUAAUGGCUGCCAUAAGCCGCUCCCGUUCUGCUCUGAACCUGCAAUCUAGACGAACCUCGAGACUACUAAUAAGUGACUGC